AUUCCAGAGCUUUUUUAGGGUUCUUGUUUGCGCUUACUAGAUUUUACUUCAGAUUUUUUUCGCUAGAUUUGAGGGAGCGAUUUGGCUUCUAGGGUUUCGGUUUAGAUUUAAAUUUCGGAACUGAGCUUUCUUAGGAAUUUUAACUUCAGUAAUUUCCGUUAUUUUUUUUUUCUCUUUCUUCUUCUUCUUUUUCUUCUAUUUACACUUGGUUUACAUUUGCAGUGAAGUGAAGUGGAGUGGAGUUGUUCGUUUACUUUUAGUUUCUUAAUUUGUUUACAUCUCCAGAUGUCAUGAUUGUCAUCUUCUAGGGUUUAGUCUUCGCAUGCGAUCCGAAAAUGAACGACUUCUUUCUCGGUCUAAUUUCAGUGAGAGCGUAUGAAAGAUGUCGGGUUCUGAUGUAGGAGGAGCAGUGAUGACAACGAACAGCGAACCGUUCACCGUCGCCAUUCAAAAGAUUCCGGUCGUCCCGUCGCAGCCGGCGAUACAGAACCUCCGUCUAGCCUACGGUGCCGAGGGGACACCGAUGUAUAAGACCGCCGGCGGAAGCUCUCCUCAGUACCAGUCCGCUGCGAAUAGCGUCGGAACUACCGAGGGCUCGGCUGCGGGCGCCGUUGUGUCCCAUAAUCUAAACAUGAAUUUGAGCGAACCAAUGAAGAGGAAGAGAGGGAGGCCGAGAAAGUACGGGCCAGAUGGCACCAUGGCUUUGGCUUUGUCACCGGCACCUCCUGGUUCAUCGCAGAGCCCAGGAACAUUCUCUUCUCCGCCUCCUUCGACUCUUUCUGGAGGCUCAGGCUCGGCCUCGUCGUUCAAGAAGGCUAGAGGUCGACCCCCUGGAUCAAGCAAGAAGCAGCAAAUGGAAGCUCUGGGAUCAGCAGGGGUUGGAUUUACACCGCACAUUAUCACCGUCAAAGCUGGAGAGGAUGUGUCCUCCAAGAUAAUGUCAUUCUCUCAGCAUGGUCCAAGGGCUGUUUGUGUCCUGUCUGCAACAGGUGCCAUUUCUAAUGUGACGUUGCGUCAAGCAGCAACAUCUGGUGGAACUGCAACAUAUGAGGGGCGUUUUGAUAUUCUGUCUCUGUGUGGCUCAUUUCUGCUGACCGAGGUCGGUGGUCAGAGGAGCCGAACUGGUGGCCUGAGUGUCUCAUUGGCUGGACCAGAUGGGCGUGUUUUGGGUGGUUGUGUUGCAGGACUUCUUACUGCUGCAUCACUCGUUCAGGUGAUUGUGGGUAGUUUCAUCGCGGAUGGUGGUCGCAAGGAAUCAAAGCCACCAAACCAAAUGGAAGCCUUGCCGGCUCCCCCAGGACUUGGCCCAAGUGGUGGUGCAACGGGUGCUAGCAGCAGCCCCCCAUCACGUGGGACGCUCAGUGAAUCCUCAGGUGGACCUGGGAGUCCUCUCAACCAGAGCUCAGGAGCUUGCAACAACAGUAAUCCUCAAGGGAUGUUGGGUAUGCCAUGGAGGUGAUCUGUCUGCUGCACCGUGUUGUCACUAACUUGUGGAUGCAUGUGCUCUAUAGCUUAUUAGGUAAUCCCUCCUCUUUUGGAGUGAUGAGUUUGUAACUUAAGCCCAUUAUGUAACUCUAGUCGUGCAGAAUGAAGGACAACCGGCGAUUUUCCAGUUUGACCCUGGUGGUGCUGGGAAUAGCCUCCCUUGUAGUUUUAGUGUUGGGCCUUCCCUAUUGUAUCCAAAAUGAAUUAGAUUUGUGUUUGUAGGGUUCAGUGGAACAGGGACAGUGAUUGUAGUUUGUCUUUCGUUCUGACUGUUGUAGACUUGUAGUACGCGUUGCACCACUGUUAUGGUACGAAGACCUUUUUCAGUGACAGUUCUAAGGGUUUCUUAUUAA